UUGGAAGCACAAUCAACACAACCGCAAACUUGUAUCCAAACUCUGUUUCUGCUCUUUCCCGUUUGACAUGGCCAAUUCAUUUGUCUUCGAUGUUGCUGAAUCCCUGUUGAACAAGCUUGCUUCUCAUGUUUAUGAAGAAGCUUCUCGAGCCUAUGGUGUGUAUGACGAUCUCAAAGGGUUCAAAGAUACUUUGUUAAUUGUAAAAGCUGUAUUAUUGGAUGCUGAGGAGAAGAAGGAACUAAGCCAUGCCUUGCGUGAGUGGCUGAGGCAGAUUCAUCAUGUCUGCUCCGAUGCUGAAGAUGUUUUGGAUGGAUUUGACUGCCAAACCUUGCGCAAGAAAGUGAUCGAAGCUUCUGGCAGCACCAGGAUGAAGGUAGGCCACUUCUUUUCUAAGUCUAAUCCUCUUGUUUUCCGUAUUAGGAUGGCUCAUCAAAUCAAACAACUUAAGGAUAGAUUGGAUAAGGUAGCUGCUGAUGGGAAUAAGUUUGGUCUUGUUCAUGAGAGGAUUGAUGUUGACCACAGACUUGUGGUGCAAAGGAGAGAAAUGACUUAUUCCCAUGUUGAUGCUUCAAAUGUGAUAGGAAGGGAGAAUGAUAGGGAAAAUAUUAUCCAACUUUUGAUGCAACCCCACUCUGAUGGUGUUAAAAGUCUCUGUGUUAUUCCCAUAGUGGGCAUUGGAGGUUUGGGGAAGACCACACUUGCUAAGUUGGUGUUCAAUGAUAAGAGGAUAGAUGAGUUUUUCCCUUUGAAGAUGUGGGUAUGUGUCUCUAAUGAUUUUGACAUCAGGCAGAUAAUUAUUAAAAUCAUUAAUUCUGCUUCAGAUUCUGCUGCAAGUACUGCUCUUGCUCACCAUGAAAACAUUAGUAACUUAGAUAUUGAGCAGCUACAAGGUCGUCUUAGACAUAAGCUUUCUGGUCAAAAGUUCCUACUUGUCUUGGAUGAUAUAUGGAAUGAAGAUCGUGCAAAAUGGAUUGAAUUGGAAAGUUUAAUAAAAGUUGGCGCAGUAGGAAGCAAAGUCAUAGUGACAACACGUAGUAACUCAAUUGCUUCAAUGAUGGAAAACGUUUCCUCGUAUGUUUUAGAUGGUCUUUCCCUUGAGAAUUGUUUAUCCCUGUUUGUCAAAUUGGCAUUUAAGGAAGGCCAAGAAAACAAAUAUCCAAAUCUAGUGGAGAUCGGGAAUGAAAUUGUGAAAAAAUGCCAAGGGGUUCCUCUAGCGGUGAGAACAUUAGCAAGUUCCCUUUUCUCAAAAUUUGAUUUGGAUCAAUGGGAAUUUGUAAGAGACCAUGAGGUAUGGAAUUUAAAACAAAAGAAGGAUGACAUUUUACCAGCUCUUAAGUUAAGCUAUGAUCAAAUGCCAUUCCAUCUGAGGCAUUGUUUUGCUUACUUUUCCCUUUUUCCCAAAGAUUUUGACUUUUUUACUUCUAGAAUUGGUAAUCUUUGGGCGUCGCAUGGAUUACUUGAAUCCAAGGAUGGAAGUCAAAAGCCAGAGAAUAUUGCAAGACAAUAUAUAGAUGAGUUGUAUUCAAGAUCAUUUCUUCAGGAUUUUGUUGACUAUGGCUACUUUUACUCUUUCAAAGUGCAUGAUUUGGUGCAUGAUCUUGCACAGUAUGUUGCGAAAGAGGAGUUUCUAGUGGUAGACUCCCGUACUCGAAGUAUACCUGAACAAGUAAGGCAUUUAUCAAUUGUACAAAAUGAGUCACUUAGCCAUGCUUUGUUCCCCAAGUCCACAAGAGUGAGAACUAUACUAUCUCCCACGAAAAGAGUGGGUCUUGUUGGUAAAACUCUUUUAGAUACAUGGUUAUCAAGAUACAGAUACUUACGUUAUUUAGAUUUAAGUGAUUCUUCGUUUGAGACUCUACCUAAUUCAGUUGAUAAAUUGGAGCAUCUGCGAGUUCUCAAUCUUUCCGGUAACUACAAAAUCAAAAGACUUCCUCAUUCUAUAUGCAAACUCCAAAAUUUGCAUGUAUUGUCACUCGCAAGAUGCAUGGAGCUUGAAACACUGCCUAAAGGAUUAGGGAAUCUGAUCAGCCUUCGACGACUGUGUAUAACGACAAAACAAUCUGUUCUGUCACAGAAUGAAAUUGCAAGCUUAAACAAUCUUCAAACUUUGAGUUUUGAAUAUUGUGACAAUUUGGAGUUUUCGUUCAAUGAGGCACAACUCACUUCCCUUGAAGUAUUGGAAGUUCUAUCAUGUGGGCGCCUUGGGUCUUUUCCUCUCUAUAUUCUCCCCAAAUUGGAGGUUCUUCUAGUUAAAAACAGUCCAAUGAUGUCAGUGAACUAUGAAUGCCCACUCCAAAGAUUGAGGAUGAAAUAUCUGAAUCUUAAUGAUUUUCCAGGGAUAGAAACAUUGCCUCCAUGGAUUCAAGGAGCUGCGGACACUUUACAGAGCUUGUUCAUUUAUAAUUUUCCUAAUCUCAAGAGGCUUCCUCAGUGGCUGACAACAAUGGCUCAUCUUAAGUUUCUAGGCAUUUAUAACUGUCCUGAACUGUUGUAUCUUCCAAGUGACAUGCAUCGCCUCACUGCCCUUGAAUAUUUGGGAAUACAUGCUUGUCCUGAAUUGUGUCGAAAAUAUCAGCCUCAAUAUGGUGUGUAUUGGCCCAUGAUUGCUCACAUCAAACGCCUUUACAUUGGAGAACCAUGAGGAGAGAAGGAACGAAGGUAAGGUAGAAUGUAGAUGAAGAGGGAGAUGAAGAGGCUUCAAGAACACCAUGAGGAGAAGAUAAAUGCCAGCGAAACACUUUAGAUUCUCAGGAAUCAGGAAUGAGGAUGGAAAAUAAUUGUUUCCAUCAGCAUGUUUGGUUUGAUGUAGCCCAAGAAUUGAAAAUGAUUAUUUUAUUCCAUCCCUGUAUUACUCAAAACAUACCUAAGAAAAGUCAGCAUUUGUCAUUUGUUUAAGGUGAUUUAAAUGGCCAUAGCUUUUAUUUGUCAUUAAGGAAUGGAGCCUUUUGGUGAAUCUCCUCUGUAUUAUUGCAGGCCAUGAUUUAAGUAUUCAAAAAGUUGGGAGUUGGUAUAGUAAAUUAUUCUGUUUGCAUAAAGAGUCUAACAUUU